AUGUCGCCAAUUAAUAAUUUUGAUGACAAAACUUAUUUAAAAUACUUAAAAUCACUUGUUUCUAAUCACAUCAAAUUUCCUAUAAAUAGUACUCAUAGAAAAUCCAAAACUGGUAUACUUAUUAUAAAUACAGGCACACCAAAAUCUUAUGGUUAUUGGGAUUUGAGAAGUUAUCUUAAAGAAUUUUUGUCUGAUCAAAGAGUUAUUGAAGUUAAUAAAUUUAUAUGGUAUCCAAUUCUUUAUCUUUUUAUCCUUACAAUACGUCCUUUUAAAAAGAAAAAAUGUUAUAAAAGUAUUUGGAAUAUGGAAAAAAAUGAAUCACCAUUAUUAACAAUGUCUAAAAGUCAAAGAGAUAAAAUUUUUAAAAAAUUAUCUAAUGAUGUUACAAUUUCUUUUACUAUUGAUUGGGCUUUUAGAUAUGGACCGCAUAAUAUUGAAGAAAGAAUUAAUACUCUUGUAAAUGAAGGUUGUGAUAAAUUAAUCAUUUUACCUCUUUUUCCACAAUACAGUCAAGCUACUGUUGGUGGUGCUUGCGAUGAGGUAUAUAGAACAAUGUUAAAAUUAAGAUAUCAACCACCAUUACGUAUAAUUCCACCAUACUAUGAAACUCAAAAAUAUAUUGAAGCUAUUGGUGAUUCAAUAUUACAUAAACUAACUAAAAAUAAUAUUCCAUUAGAAGUAUUACUUUUUUCAUAUCAUGGAAUACCACUAAAAUAUAGUCAAAAAGGUGAUCCAUAUGGAUUACAUUGUCAUAAAACAACAGAAUUUGUUUUGGAAUACAUUAAUAAUAUUGUUGAAAAAGAACCAUCAAAAUAUAAUCAUAUUCCAUAUACUAUGACAACAUACUCAAGUAGAUUUGGUCCAAUGGAAUGGCUUAAACCAUACACAGAUGAUACUGUUAAAAAUCUUGGAGAAAAAGGAUGUAAAUCUUUGGGUAUUAUAUCACCAUCUUUUCAUACUGAUUGCCUUGAAACGUGGGAAGAAUUAAGAGAUGACUUGGGACAACUUUUCAUUGAUUUAAGUAAUGGUGGAAAUUUUGUCUUUAUAGAUUCAUUAAAUGACACUGAAAAUUCUAUUGAUCUUAUGUGUCAAUUAAUUAAUGAUAAUAUCUUCUAA